AUGAAUGGAACACAUGAUGACGAAUUAACAUGCAUUAAUGUUGGCCAGAGCGUGAAAUGGCAGUCCACUCAAUUCACGUGCAGUUCUGCUGAUAUUCUAAAUUCUUCACAUAUAAAAGCUGCUGUUGAGACAAUGGAAAAUGUUAGGAUAUUUCUUCAAAAACUUCUCAAAGUUAUUCCAUUAGAUAGUCCGAUUUCUGUAACAAAUUACAACGGCUGGACAAACUAUAAAUUACCAUUCAGUGUAUCAAAUGUGGAUUUAUAUAUGGGAAUACUUUCAAGGCCUUACGGCGAAAAUAGUAAUAUUGUUGCAUCUGCAGGAUCAAAUAUUAAGGAAUCAACUUUUUACAGGCCAAUUCAUGGUGCUGUUUUCUUAAAUCCAAGAUUUAUACCAACAAUUGCUCAGAGCGAGAAUUCAACAAAUAAUGCAUUUUUCUAUGUUUGCAUUCAUGAAAUAUUCCAUGCACUUGGAAUUGGAAGUGAUAAGUUCGAGUUAUUUCAUCCCUAUGAAAAUUCCACUAGGUAUUCUCCGAUCUAUUGUUCAUUGAAUAAAUCAGGAAAGAUCAUGAAAUUCAUCAUAACACCAUAUGCACAUUUGUUUGCUACAAAACAAUUCGGAACUGAAAUAUUCAUUGGUGAUAAUGGAACUUGUCCAUCAGGUAUCGAAAUUGAAGAUGGUGGUGGUUUAGGAACAUCCGAAAAUCAUUUGGAAGGAAGAACAUACAUGACAGAACUUAUGACCGGAGCAACAAUUCAGUCAAGUGCAGGCCCUUUUAAUAGAUUAACUGAUGCAUCAUUAGCUUUAUUGCAAGAUUCAGGUAAUUACAAGGUUGACUGGAGUAUGGGCCAACCGUUAGUUUGGGGAAAUUCCGAGUCAAUUAAUGAUAAACCUAUUAAAGAUUUUGCUUAUGGUUCUCCAUCUUCAACAUUUCCAUCUAAUUAUAUUUACGAUUUCAAAUCAGAAUAUAAUUCAUAUACAGGUUUUAAUUACAAGUAUUAUGGUCCGACAAUACCGAAAAAUCAAUGGAACUGUUCAAAUUCUUCAAGCUUGACCUCAGCAGAUGCAAAAGAAUAUUGUGCAGCAAAAGAUUUUUAUAAUCCAUAUAAUGAAGAAACAAUAGGAGCUAUUUGGGUUUAUGAUUUCAUGCCAUUUAUCUAUCCACUAUUUAUUUGUGGAAAUGGAGAAGGAGUUAUCCAGUCAACUGUGCAAGAUAUUAACAUUUGUGGUACAUAUAAAUGCGAGGGAUAUGAAAGUUUCACUAUAGAAAUACCAAUUGAUAGAGAAGGCGGAAAAACAACUUUAAAAUGUGAUUCAUCAAAUGCUGGAGUGAAGGUCUCUGGUAAGAUUUAUGAUUCUUCAGAUCAUUCUGGAUCAUUUCGUACUUGGGAUUAUUGGUGCCCUCCUCCAGAAAGAUUCUGCAGAUCUGUUAAGUUACAUGAGAUGCAUUUCAAAAAUAAUCCAUUCCUUAGUUAUACAAAGCAAUUAGAAGAUGUUUCAGAGGCAUCAAAUCAAUCAAGUUCAAUAUCUUAUACAGAAUAUCUCCCUCACACUUUAACUAAUACAGCAAAUCAAUCAAUUCCUAUUACUUAUACAACUGAAAUCAAUUCAAACAAUGAAUCUGGUUCGAGAGAUUUCUGGUCUAAGAAGAAAUGGAUUAUUAUUGGAAUUGUAAUAGCAAUUGCUAUUUUAAUUAUCAUUAUUAUCAUUAUCACAUUAAUUGCAAAGAAACAUAAAAUCGAUGAACCUGAAAAUGAUGAAAAUAGUAAUGACGAUGGAUACUUGGUUUGA